UUUGGGGUGUCUUGCUCGGUGACAGGCGUGGGCUGCGCCAUCGCGGCAGGGCGAGGGGUUAGCGUGGGCCUAGUUCCCUGUGGGGCCCCGGUCUCUCCCGCUCCCGGAGAGCUAUGGCCUUGUACAAACCGGUGGUGGUUCAGACCUGCCCCAGGCUCGGGGAGAGGAUCACGCAGGACACGGUGUACUGGGAGGGGUACAAGGCACCUAUUCAGAUAAAGGAGUUUGGUGCAGUAAAUAAAAUUGACUUCUCACCAGUUCCUCCACGUAACUAUGCUGUCACAGCUUCCUCAAGGGUAAGUGGCUUCUCUGAGGUUUUCACAUUCUUGUCUUUCAGUUGGUAUCAUGUGUGCAAACUUAAUGUCUUCCUGUUGUACCAGAUCCACAUUUAUGGUCGUUACUCUCAUGAACCAAUCAAAACAUUUUCUCGCUUCAAAGAUGCUGCUUAUUGUGGCACAUACAGAGAUGAUGGCAAUCUGCUUGUUGCUGGCAGCGAUGAAGGUAUCAUUCGCCUCUUUGACAUCAGUGGAAAGGCACCGCUGAGACAAUUUGAUGGUCAUACUAAACCUGUUCAUGUAGUGGGUUUCCUGUCUGAUAAAUACCGAAUAUUCUCUGGUGGUGAUGACUAUUCAUCAAAGCUGUGGGAUAUUCCAAGUGGUACAGAAAUAGUCUCAUACAGAGAACAUACUGACUACGUGAGGUGCGGCUGUGCAAGUAAAGUGAAUGCAGAUGUCUUUGUAACAGGUUCCUAUGAUCACACUGUGAAGCUGUUUGAUGCCCGAACAAAAAGUAGUAUCAUAACAAUAGAACAUGGUCAGCCUGUGGAGAGUGUGCUUCUGUUCCCUUCGGGUGGGCUUCUAGUAUCUGCAGGAGGUCGAUAUGUCAAAGUUUGGGAUGUGCUAAAAGGUGGACAAUUACUAGUAUCUCUUAAAAAUCACCAUAAAACUGUAACUUGUUUAUGCCUGAACAGCUCUGGACAAAGGUUAUUGUCAGGAUCUUUGGACAGGCAUGUGAAGAUUUACAGUACUACUUCCUACAAAGUAGUCCACAGUUUUAGCUAUGCAGCACCCAUCCUCAGCCUUGCUCUGUCGCCUGAGGAUGAAACCAUAGUUGUAGGCAUGACCAAUGGGGUGCUAAAUAUUAAGCACAGAAAACCUGAAGAAGGGAAAGAAAAGUCUCAGAAGAAGAGGCAACCAGCAUAUAGAACCUAUAUGAAAGGAAAAACUUACAUGCCAAAACAGGAAGAUUUCUCUGUCAGUAAACCUGUAAGACGUGCUUUGAGGAAAUAUGACAAGCUGCUGAAGAGCUUUGAUUCUUCCAAAGCCCUUGAUGCGGUACUGGAGCCAUCCAUCAGGCUUCAUACUCCUGAGGUAACGGUUGCAGUCAUGCAGGAACUACAUCGUAGAGGAACCCUGAGGAGUGCGCUUGCAGGCCGAGAUGAGAAGCAAAUUAAUCUCCUACUUACCUUUGUGGCAAGGCGUGUGAUUGAGCCUAGAUUUACUUCUAUACUGGUGACUGUUGCAGAUAUGAUCACUGACAUUUAUCAGCCUGUGCUUGGGCAGUCAGCGAUUGUGGAUAGACAGUUCUUGAGACUUCAAGAAGCCAUAGGAAAAGAGAUUGACUAUCAAGGGGAACUACUAGAAGUUUUGGGAAUGAUGGAUACACUGUUUGCUAGUUUUGCUGAGAAGGAAGUUACUUGUCUAGAAGAGAACAGAAGUAAUAGUCCUACAGAGAUCAUUGAAACAGAUGAAUGACAACUGUCAUGACAAAUUUUCACAAUAAUAAUGUGGACUUGAAAUACAUGUCCUGUUCUCCUGAUAAUUUUUUAUCAGUGAUUUUCUGAAAAAGCUCCUUUAUGUUGAAGUUCUGUCUUCCAAAUUGUGUUUCUGAGUAGGCUUCAUUACUGAAGACAGAGAAAGAAGAAUGUUUUCAGGAUUUUCCUUGCAGUUUUUUCCAAACAAUUAAAUUUUAAAGUUUUAUUCCAAAGUUGUAUAACUUUGAAAGAAUGUUUUAUGCAUCCAGUACUAAGUCGUUAUUUGACUUAGAGAAAUAGUCAACAAUUUUAAUUUUUUAUUUACUGGAAAAUAAUAAGAUUUGUUUAAUUCUAAUGUGCCAUUGUCCUUAUUUAAGGUUAAUAUCCCGUAUCACAUACAUGGAUAUAGGAAUAAAACCACAUAUGCAUUUGAUAA